AUGCUAAAGCCUCUGGCUAGCGUAUAUCGCUGUGUUGUGUGGUUUCUGCCGGAAGUGUUUGGAUUGUUAUGUUCCACAUCACUUGUAGGAGUUGUGGUAGUUGUAGGGUUAACUGAGUUACUAUGGCAAGGGGAAGUGUGUGGAUAGAAAAGCUAGAAGAUAUUGCUGAUCAGACUUUAAGGCUAUUGAAACAUGUUUUGCCAACAACUGCAAGAUUAUGUCUUAUUUCAACGUUCUUGGAAGAUGGGAUUCGAAUGUACGUGCAGUGGUCAGAACAGCAAGAGUACAUGGACAUGUCGUGGGGUUGUGGAAGAUUUUUAGCAGCAAUGUUUGUGCUGGUAAACUUGAUUGGACAGUUGGGGGGAUGCAUAAUGGUCUUAAGCAGACAACGCGUACCGGUAGCUUGUUCCAUACUGCUGUUUAUUGUCGUUUUACAGACUUUUGCAUACAACAUCUUGUGGGACAUGCAUUUUCUUUUGCGCAACUUGGCCUUGAUUGGUGCACUUGCAUUACUUCUGGCUGAAAGCAGAAACGAAGCAAAAACUUUAUUUGCUGGUGUUCCAACACUUGGUGACAAUAAACCAAAAAAUAUUUUACAACUUACUGGAAGGGUUUUACUUGCUUUCAUGUAUGUCACGCUCCUUCGGUUUGAACCAUCUGUUAUGCAGAUUAUUCAAGAUCUCCUUGGAACAAUUUUGAUAGUGCUGGUAACACUUGGCUACAAAACUAAAUUGAGUGCACUUAGUCUUGUAAUUCUCCUUUUUGGUUUAAAUUUCUACCAUAAUGCUUGGUGGAACAUUCCUACACACAAGCCACUGAGGGAUUUCCUGAAAUAUGACUUCUUUCAGACCUUGUCUGUGAUUGGUGGACUGCUGAUGAUAGUUUCGUUGGGGCCAGGUGGUGUUUCAAUGGAUGAACAUAAAAAGAAGUGGUGAAAAUGUGACUUUACAGGAAGGUGUGUAAAUACAUGACAGCAUCAAUUGACAUGUUAAAAUUUUAAUUUUAACUCCAUUUUUGAAAAGUCCCCUUUUGAAGUGUGUGGUGUACUGAAUGUGCUACAUGUUUUCAUAUUGUAAUAUUCAUUUCUACCCAUUUUUUGUACUGUCACAUUGAAGAUCAUACUACUGUUACUUUUGUAAUGGAAGAUAAUUGUUUAGCCACUGAUAGAAGAACUGUUUCUGGCAUGUAAACUGGUUGUUGUAAUACAUUUAAGUGUUAUGAUUUGAACAAAUUCAGAAUCAAUGUGAUUAUUUCUUUUAACCUAUAGGCAUCACAUUUCAGCACCAAUUUCACAAAGUAUUUUUCAUACUUCACACGAAUGUCAUUUUGAAAUAUUGUUUUCAGUGUUUUAAUAAAGAGCUGUGUAUGAGUUUAGUAAUCUGAUAGCUGAAGUGAGUGAUUCAUUUUUGUUUUUCCAGGAAAAUAAAGCAGGUAAUGGAAUUGUGGUUUUUAUUUGUACAGGAGUAGAUUCAGCUGAUUGUUUAGUGGUGGUUGUGAAAAAAAAAAAAACAAUUGUGUGUGUGUAAAACAGGUAGUAAAAUGCAUUUGUCAUAUGAAGUAGGUUUUAACAUAAGUUUGCAUUUAAACAUCCUUAAGUUUGUAAUUUCAAAAUAAUGAUUCACUGCAGAGCAAUUACAGUGGCACUUUUUUUUUUUUUUUGCAUGGAGUGCAUGUCUUUCAGUAAAUAACCAUGGCAUGUUAUUUGAAAUAACAGGCAUGGUGAUACAUUUGUGUUAAGUGUGAUUGUUUCACUUUUGUGUACAUUGCAGUAAAACUUUCAUUGUGUUAGA